ACAUGCGGGACGUGAGUUUUAUUAUUUAAUAGCUCCUCCACCAUAUAUCUGAGUCACACCGGCUACUUUUCUAUGUGCACUGACUGUAUUAGCAUAUGUACGAUGCCUUUAGACAACUUUUAUAUAACAUUUCUCACCCAUUUGAGGCAGGCGUGCUAUCGGUGGCGCUUUAUUUUGUAAUUUCUACAUCUCAUCUCAGCCAGGCUGCUUCUCCGUAGCUUUAAAUGUAGUUAAUUAAUGGUUACAGUUAGCGGUGGUUAACCGCGCUGAUGUUAGUGUGAUACUCCGCACGUCUUUCCUGAUAUGUAUUCAAACAGGGACCGUGGUUGGCAGCAGUAGCUAUCUAACCCUGAGUUUAUAACAGUUUAUAACAGUUAUCUUCCACAGCAACAGCUGUAGUAACUUUUCUUUUUACUCAGAGAGUCGGUGGUUGACCUUAACUCUAGACUGGCCCUCUGUAGACGCCACUGUGGGGGUAGCCUCAGUUUUCAUGCGGCAGCUUAGUUAUGGAGACAUUUCUUCUUCUUCUUAAGUCAAAAUGUCUCGCCUUUGCCAAGCCCUUCAACACACACACACACACACACACACACACACACACACACACACACACACACACACACACACACCUGUCCUGUCAGUUAUGUUUUGGGAAUGUGAGUAAACUGGUUUCUCGGCGUUGGGCGCGACACAUACUUUUGGUAAAAGAAUUUGAAUUGGAGGAGAAUAAACAAAUUAUAGCCGAGGAGGCCUGAUCUGAAAUUAGAGUCAGUAACGGAGGCUCAGUGUACUUGUUGACAAAACAACGGCAGUGUGCUCUGAAAAUGCCGUGAAGCCUGUCCCGCCCUUACACCAGGGGGGGGGACGGGACAUUAAACUAUCCGGGCCUCAUCUUAGUACGACUCCUGGGCUAUAAUGAAAGCCUUCCCUGACAGUGUAAGCGGAGUGGAGAGGUGUGUCUCCUGUCUAAGCUAAAUAUAAAUCUAGAGGUGACUCUGUUCAUUUCCCUUAUACAGUGCUCACACGGUACUUCCCUGUUUCCUACCUGUUGUCUGUAUUCUGGCAACAGAGCCUGAAAACACAAAGAAAGGAAAGCAAAGUGUACAUUAGCAAUGUAAAUUGUUAGACAUAUUAGCUGACCACUGUGUGCACUGUGUCAUAGCAGCUGUCAGUAUGCUUUUAUAUUGAACUUUACUUGAUCACAGUUUUUUUUUUCUGUUACCCAAAUCUGUGAUUACGUAGAUAAUAUAAUUAUGUGCAAUUAAGUUCAGCCAUAAGCCCGUAAACCUAAAAAAUGUACUUGUUAGUAAUUAUAUGCUAAUAAAGAAUGAAGCAUUAUAAAUUAUGAUUAAGAAUAAACAAUAUAGAAACUAAGUUUGUAUAAAUGAGGUUCUGAAACUAAACACAGGUGCAGGCAAGUUGAAACAGUCUUUUUUUUGUGUGUGAUUAAAAAAACAGGAGCAGCUUUGUGAACAAGCUGAUGUCAGGACCAGGUGUUAACACUGGAUUAGGAGAAAAGGCUUUUGAAGCAACAAGUUCAUGAAAUGAUAAAGAUGUGAUUACUUCCCUACAAAUCGCAGCCAGAUAAGUUUUUCUGCAGAGUCUGAUUAACGUUCUGACUAUUGAUUUGAUCAAGUGAAGCGAACACCCAGCAGAUCCAUAAUAGCAUGCAAUGUUGUGGGAUUUGGUGGCUCAGAGUGUCACAGGGAUAUGUUCAACAGAUUAACAGUGAAAUGUCCUUGACUAAACUUUACUUUGAUCAGUAUUUGACACACACACACACACACACAGUAAGUAUGAAUUUAUAAAUGUAUACAGUGGAGUGAGCAGCUCGUUUAUGCCAAAUCAGGCCUCUCAAUACACAGUCCGUCCAACCUGUCCCUGUGUCUGAGCCCUCUGAAACAUUCAUUAACUAUUGGCUGAAUUAUUUACUGUUGUUGUGACUAAGUUACACACCAGUAUAAUGGAUGAGGUAUCCACUGUGUGUGCAUGUGUGUGUCCUUGUGUGCAUGGGUAUAUGAUAGGAAAUGCGACGUCAUUCAAGGAAGAAGAAUCUUGUUUUGGCGGUGCUCCUUCUGGUCGGGGGAUUGUACUUCAUUGGCAAUUCAGGUUUCUUCAUUACUGGCGUGACAAAGCCACAUGAACAGAUUCCAAAUGAGUUAUCUUGGCAAGCAGCGAGGUUGGUUAGUAAGGAGUCCUGGGUCGAACAGUCAGAUUACCUGCCACUCAAUGUGUCCUAUCAGCUGCUUGCCGGAGCACCAUUUACUCAACAAAGGUAUUUAUCUAUUGGAUUAUCAUCGGUAAAGAGGAAGAAAGGCAGCUAUCUGAUUCCCACCUUGCAGGCCCUCUUCUCCCAGUCGUCUCCUGAAGAGCGCUCCUCCAUGGUGGUAGUCGUGCUGCUCGCAGAUUUCGAUGUCAGCUGGAGAGUCUCUACAGUCAGGGAGAUCAAAACUGUAUUCACCUCAGAGCUGGAACAAGGCCAGCUGGUGGUCCUCCAUGUUCCUCAGGACUGGUACCCUCCUAUUACAGGUCUAAAGAGAAACUACAAUGAUGCUCCAGCAAGGGUAUCAUUCCGCUCCAAGCAGAACGUGGAUUACUCCUUCCUGAUCCAUUACAGUGCCAGUCUCGGCCAGUACUACCUCCAGCUUGAGGAUGAUGUCUUCUCUGCCAAAAACUUCCUCACCACCAUCAAGAGGCACGUUGAGAAGCAAGAGGCAAAAAAGACCACCUGGGCAAUGCUGGAAUUUUCCAGCCUCGGCUACAUCGGGAAGCUGUACAAAUCAGCCCACCUUCCUCUCCUGGCCCGCUUCCUCUUCCUCUUCUACCAGGAAAUGCCUUGCGACUGGUUGAUGUCUCACUUUCGAGAGCUGCUGACUCAGAAAGAGCCGAUCAUCUUUAAACCCUCGCUGUUCCAGCAUAUGGGCACUUUCUCCUCGUUCCAGGGGACAUACAACAAGCUAAAGGACAAGGACUUUGAGGAGGAUUUCUACACCAACCCUACAGCUGAGGUUUAUUCUGAUAUGUCCACCUACCAGAAACACUUCCCCAAACUGGCUUGGGACGCUGGGGAAGGAUUCUUCUGGGGACGCUCCCCAGAAAAAGGAAAUUACCUGACCGUGGUGUUCACAGAGUCCACAGUGGUGACAAGCAUAUUUGUAGAAUCAGGGUCAGGGGGUAAGGACCUGCUGGAGUCAGCUCAGGUGGACAUAGGCCACAACGUGGUCACCACCGAGAAAGGGGAGAAGAGCUGCCAAGAGUUCCAGUCAGUGGGGGUGUUAGAAAAUGGGAAGUUUGAGUUGCAGGAGAUGGACAGAAAGUAUGGAUCUGCCUCUUCCUGUCUGAGGAUACAAGUCACAGCUGGGCAGAAGGACUGGGUGAUUAUUAGGAAAAUCAGGAUCACAACAAAGCAACCUCCGCACCAAGCUUAGGUGUCAAUUCUUCGUCCUUCCAGAUGAAUAAUUUCAUCUGCAGGACCUUGUAUGCAGAAUGAAGUUUAGUGCCUUGUUAAACUGUUUCAUUGAUGAAACAAUUCAGUGCUUAAUGAAAGUGUGUAAAGCUACUGUCAGUAUGAAGAAAAUAUUUGACCAAGCUCUGUGAUGUUUCUUCCGUAUAAUGAAGAGAUUUGUAUAUCCAGUAAAUCCAUCGUGACUCUGACGCUGAGCCGUGCACUGGAGGUGGCUCUCUGUAUUGUCCAUUGUUUUCUAAAUGUUGAGGUGUGGAGGAGGAAACAACUCGCACUCACACUGAAAUUCACAUGGUUUUCUAAUGAAUCGUGAGGACAGGAGGGUUCUGUGUGGCAGAGGCAGUGUGUGGUGUAUAUGAGAGCAGAAUGUUGGAGCGUUCCUAAUCAAACCACUGACAAAUACACACGUACUAAUGCUCAAUUCUUGGUUCCACUGAGGAGAGAACAAUAGCUUAUUCUUUUGCAGUGUUUAAUGACGCUGAAACUCUCACUCUUAGUCUGGUCAGCUCAAUGGGUAUACCCUCAACGGAACAAUAAGACAUUAUAGAUGGAAACUGAUAAAGUAGUCACCAAAACAGAAGUAGAAACCCCAGAGAAAGAGGAGGGAGGAUACAGGUGCUUCCCUAAGUAAUCAUGAUAAGUCAUACAGCCAUUAAAAAUAUAUUUUAAAAGAAGCUUUCAGGAGUUGGAAACAAUUUGAGUUCAAUCAGCCAUCAAGUCAGAACUGCUACAGUUAAAAUGCAUUUAUUUUUGUAGGUAUUGUUUUCAUCCACUAGAGAAAGAAGUUCACUGGUCUUGCUGUGCGUCUCUGUGUCUCUGCUUGGAGGACGAUGGUGCUCCUUGGCUGGCUGCUCUCUCUGAGACAUUGCUCACUGGCGUCCUCUUGCCAGUUUCAGGCCUGCUGUUGGUUUCCUGUCCAGCAGCAGGCCUCACAGCUGGCUCCUCUUCAGCUGCAGAGCACUGGCUCAGCGGCCUGUCUUUCCCAGCAGCCUGAGUAGCUUGUUUGUCUUCAGUGGACUGGGCGACAGAUACAGCCACAGCGGCCCGCGAGUCCUGGUUUUGGCUCGCAGUUCUCUCACCUCCUGUAACAGGGAGGUUCUGAGAUGCUGGUUGGGCCUCGGAUGUGGAACAUGGAGCAGGACAGUCCUGCUGUAUGUCCCCCUCAGUCUGAAAGUAGUGAGAAAAGAAUUGUGGUUAACAUUAGCCACUGUAAGCUACUGGUCAUACCACAGGGUUAGAAAUGCUUAGAAAUGCAACUUUUCAAAGAAGUAAAAGGAAGAUAUUUCCUCAAAGUUAGUUUCACUGUAAAGAGAUAAAACAGAAAAGGGCUUGUCAGUGGUCAGUUGUGUCAGACACUGACUGCUUUAGAUAAAAACCUAAUGUCUGCUCGAGCAUGUGUGGUUUAUGCUGCGGACAGUCUGACUACUCAGACUGGCUUUGCAACUCUUCAGUUUGUGUAUGGGAUGCAUCAGAGCUCUCUCAGAGGAAAUACUCAAAGCCCGUCUGUGUUUUUCCUCUGGUGCCUGGGAAUGAUUACGAUAAGACAAAUCAAAGAAGUUCCAGGAAAAGUGUGGUUAUUAUAGUGUUUAUACUGUUUCAGAAACAGUUCAGGGGCUUUAGUUUCCCCGGUCCUGGUCAAUGUACUCUUAAAUUGUAAAAAUAUCCUGACAGACAUCAUCACUUUUGUAGCAUUAGUAGAAUCUAUAACCAGCAUAAUACAGUAAGCUGAACAGGAAGCAGGAGCAGAUAUGUGCCACAGACAGUUUGCAUACUAUUCCAUGCAGAGUGAUGAGAGAGAGCUUUUCUUGUGAGUAAUCUGAGGCAACACAAGUCCAGUGCACAGUAACUCUGAGUUACAUAGAAAUACCAAAAAAUCUGUGAUCUUAUUUGUGUUUUGCUUCUCCUUCACUCCUCAAAAAACAAACAAGCAAAUAAGACAAUAAGGCUAAUUAAAUGAAAGUACCAAGAACUGUAGAGUGUUCAGUUGGCAGUACAGUCAGUAUCAGAAUUAGGUCUAAAAUGUGAAACAUCCAAAAACCUAUUUUGUUUUUAAACUUUCACAUACAAAUCUUAAACUUGUGGAAAAUAGUUGCUCUAAACCCUCCAACCUCAGAUUAAAUGUUUGAGUGGUCCCUCUCAUCUGCAGAGCCAAGCUCCACAUUAUGGUGGACUGGUUUCAGCUCAGCUGACCCCACCUCUGAGAGGCCCACCACCUGCAGGCACCACAUACUCCUUUUUUUUUUUUUUUUAUUCCCAGAAUCUGGCCUGUAAACCUUUUUGUUCAGGAAUGCAUUGUCUUGUUCAUUGUGUCAUGAACUCGAUCCCUCCCCUGCCCACAGCCACUGUGUGUUUACUCUGAUUUUUUUUUUUUUUUUAUAAUAUUUGCUUCAUUUCUCUUGUUAUGAUUAUAAAAAUAAAUAAAUUGAAUGAAAUGUUCAGUACAAAUAAAAUGUAUUACUCUUAAUAUUAGUUGCUGAUGGAUGUAAUCACAGCAACAGUACUGAUCUGCUCACAGUACCAGAUCAGUAGCAUUGUUGGGAAACACUGUAUUUGUCCUGGAGCAUGUAAUUUUACUCCGUGUUGCGUGAAGAUGGUUUGAGUCUUUACUCAAACCUGUGUGAGGCCUUUUACCAGGAAACUGCUUGAACUUUAUACAGUGUGGUUAACUGUGACGACCAUCACGCCCACGAAUCAUCCACUGUGUGAAAACAGUACCUCCUCUUUAAACAGAUCUCAUGAAGAGAUAAGAUGAGACCAAAAAAGGCAGGAGUUCAUAGAGAAGCUUCCUGAAUAUCCUGUAGAAAGCGUGUUUCAGACUUCAGGCCUAACCUGUUUGACAG